AAGAAGGUUUACUAACCCAUGGAACUGGAAGACGGCAGCGCAGCCUCGGCUGCAGGCCGACGGGCGGCGUUGCCUCGGGAAGCCCGCAACAAUGUGGUCACGUACGACGAGGCUCAAUUGUACAUGGAGAACUCUUACCGAAGUCCCAAGAGGUCCAAACCAACCACCACCCGGAGCGGCGCCACCCUUGCCACCGUCGAGUUGGACAUUGACUUGGAGAUUCGCAAAGGCAAACUCGAGGUUGGCGACUGCGUGCUGGUCUCUCACAACGACGAGGAGUACGUUGCGCUCGUGAGCACUCUCCACAGCAGCGACGGCAAUCCCGUGGCGGCCGACUCUCGUCCGAAGUUGUUCACAGGGAUCUGGUACUUUCGUCCUGAAGACGUGGCCAAGGAGGCGCUGGACGUGGUGGACGGCGGGGUGUUGGAGAACGAAGUGUUUCAGUCCGUGGAGAAGGACACGAACGCCCUCGAGCAUGUGCUGGGGAAGUGCCAGGUCGUGUCCGAGCUGGACCUACGGGACCGACAGAACAUUCUGCGCCUGAACCAGCACCCCAUCGACGCGGACGAGAUCGUGUUCGUGUGCCGAUACAAGUACGACAUGAAGAAGCAAACGCUGGCGCCGCUGUCUGACCCGUACGAAGUGCACCACGGGCUCGGCCGGAGCGAACCGUCCGUCGGCGGCGACUACCAAGCCGACGGCCUCCCGCCCUGCACCCGACCGCCGCCGCCGUCCCCCAUCCAAGGCCCCACCCACGUAUGGUCCCCCUCUACCAUGACGGACGCUCCGUACGCCUUCAAGGAAUUCAUGCAUGCCGUGGACUCGCUGCGAUUUGGGAUUGGCGCCGUCGUGAAAAUCUACAUUGCGGGUGGUUCGAGUAGUAGUCCUGGUAGUAGUAGUAGUAGUACUAGCCCAGUCCGCGUGUCAACCAACCCGUUGGUUGGUGGGGCGAUGUGCAGAGCCAUGAUUUGCAAAGUCCUGGACAAGCAUUCCAUCGUGGUGAGCGCGGCGGCGACCGGCGGCACUCCCGUCGAGGUGCUCAAGUCGUCAUCGAGCUCCAUGCUCACAGACGACAGAGCGCUGACAUUCUUCCAUGAGGCCCGACGGGACGCCGCGGCGGCGCUGGCCAAGUGCGCCAACGUGUUCAGGGAGCAGCAAGUGGAGGAGAAGGCCUUGUUCCGGCGGGAACUGCAACUACAUGUGGCCAAGGCUUAGGUUUCAAUUUAUCAGAUUUCACAGUAAUUAUUGGCUUUUCACACCUUGUUUGGCUAAUCCAG